GUGGUCGCAGCGCAUAAGCAAAUCCAUUCUUGUAUCGUUUCCCUGAAAAGCUUUUCAGUAAAUGCACUCAUGCUACUACAGGAGCUUCUCUCAGCAAUAAGCCACCCAUCUGCCAUCAACAAGUUAAGAUUAAAAGAACCCACAGCCGUGGAAAAAGAACGUGAGCUUCAAUAAAACCACUGAGCAGUCACAGGAGGAGGAAAAAACCAACAAUUUAUAUUCAGCAUUGAUUCCACAAUUACAGACCUGUCACAUGAAAUCAAGCCAACGAAUUUAAAAGGAGUAUUUUGAGAGAGCAUGGUGGAUUCAGUCUUACACUAAUAUCGAAGGACACUAGAAAACAGUAAAUUAUUCAAAGGCUGUCUUACAUUAGAGCCUUUUACAGACUCACUGCGUUGAGUCUAAAACUACGACUGAAUGCAACCUCCAAUGUACUCAAAAGAAUGGGCUUACAUUUCAAGUGGCCAUUAGGGGCUCCUAUGCUGGCAGCACUAUAUGCAAUGAGUAUGGUUUUAAAAUUGCUGCCUGCCUUGGGCAUGGCUUGUCCACCAAAAUGUCGCUGUGAGAAGCUGCUCUUUUACUGUGACUCUCAGGGGUUUCACUCAGUGCCAAACACCACUGACAAGGGCUCUCUAGGUUUGUCACUGAGGCACAAUUAUAUUUCUGAACUUGAAAGGGAUCAAUUUGCAAGCUUCAGUCAACUUACUUGGCUUCACUUAGAUCAUAAUCAAAUUGCAACAGUAAGAGAAGAUUCUUUUCAAGGACUAUAUAAACUUAAGGAAUUAAUCCUAAAUUCAAACAAAAUCUUUUAUUUGCCCAACACAACUUUUAGCCAACUGCUGAACCUGCAAAAUUUGGACCUCUCUUUUAAUCAGUUAUCCUCUCUGCAUCCUGAGUUGUUUUAUGGACUUCGCAAGUUGCAAACCUUGCAUUUACGUUCCAACUCCCUGCGGACUAUCCCAGUCCGCCUUUUCUGGGACUGUCGUAGUCUGGAGUUUCUGGAUCUGAGCACAAAUCGCUUGCGAAGUUUGGCUCGCAAUGGAUUUGCAGGAUUAAUCAAACUGAGGGAGCUUCACCUAGAGCACAACCAGCUGACAAAGAUUAAUUUUGCUCAUUUCCUACGGCUAAGCAGUCUGCACACGCUCUUCUUGCAGUGGAACAAAAUUAGCAACUUGACAUGUGGGAUGGAGUGGACCUGGGGCACCUUAGAAAAACUGGAUUUGACUGGAAAUGAAAUCAAAGCCAUUGAUUUGACAGUUUUUGAAACUAUGCCUAAUCUUAAAAUACUCCUAAUGGAUAACAACAAGCUAACCACUCUGGAUUCCAAGAUCUUAAAUUCACUUACAUCCAUAACUACAGUGGGCCUCUCCAGCAAUCUGUGGGAAUGCAGUCCAAAGAUAUGUGAAUUAGCCACAUGGCUGAGUGGUUUUCAAGGUCGGUGGGAGCACUCCAUACUGUGCCACAGCCCAGACCACACCCAAGGAGAGGAUAUUCUAGAUGCGGUUUACGGUUUUCAGCUUUGCUGGAAUUUAUCAACUAUUGUUACAUCCAUGGUUACGAGUUACAGAUCUCCAACUACUGAGUAUACAAAAAGAAUAAGCUCAUCAAAUUUCCAUAUGGGAGACAAAGAAAUUCCAACUACUGCAGGCAUAGUCGUUACUACUGAAGAACAUUUCACUGAACCAAACAAUGCCAUCUUCACUCAGCGGGUAAUUACAGGAACAAUGGCUUUAUUAUUUUCUUUCUUUUUUAUCAUUUUUAUAGUGUUCAUCUCCAGAAAAUGCUGCCCUCCCACAUUAAGAAGAAUUAGGCAGUGUUCAAUGAUUCAAAACCACAGGCAACUCCGAUCCCAAACACGGCUACAUAUGUCAAACAUGUCAGACCAAGGACCAUAUAAUGAAUAUGAACCCACCCAUGAAGGACCUUUCAUCAUCAUUAAUGGCUAUGGACAGUGCAAGUGUCAGCAACUGCCAUAUAAAGAAUGUGAAGUAUAAUAUCUACAAGUCAUCAAAAAUUAAAACCAGAUAAGUAACUUAUUUUAAAAUUGAUGGGGACCUACAUAUGAUUCUAAUUUUUAGAAAUGUUGACAUAAAUCCUAAUUUUCCAAACUAUUUAAUGGAGGCAUUGUUUUUGAAGUGGUGCAGUAUUUUAAAGUUUUUUUUUUAAUAAAAUCAUAUUUUCAGUGUUAAAGCAGCAAUGAUUAUAUUAAAUUUGCACUCAAUGUUUGAAAGUCUAAAAAGAUGCUCACCUCAAAACAUGUACAAUGUUUCAUGUUAUGUAAUUAUAUGACUAUGUGUAAAUAUUUAUACUUAAGUCUCCAUAGUCUACUUUUUCUAAUGAAAAUAGUCUGAAUGAAAGGAAGCUAGAUAUAUGUACAGAGAUCUGUGAGGGAACAUACAUUACAUUUGUUCCAUUGUAGCUAUGUGAUCACAAACAUUCCAGUUGGCUCAGUUCACUUUUCAAGGUUGACUUGCAGGAAGAUUUUCCUUUUGUGAUAAUCUGACUCUUAAAUCUACAAUCAGAGAAGAAUGGGAAGGGGAUUUUUCAAGCGUAUUGGAGACUGGUGAUUUUAAAUAUUGUUUUCCUACCUCCAUAUUGAUAGUCAGCCUUGCCUAAAUGUACCUUUGCUAAAGCUCACAGCAAAUUUACAAUACAGCAGUUUUAUAGAAUUACAAACCGACUCUCCAAAUGCUUAGAAAGUACUCAAGUGCUUAUGUAAGAAGACUCGAUACAAUGCAAUCAAUUUUAAGUAUUAAAUGUGUUUAACUCUGAUUAGAUCUCUGGUUUGACUUGACAAUUGGCACAGCUUUUCAAAUAAUUUAGGCAAAUUAUUUGGGACUAUGAAUGAAGGGUAUUUCAACAGCUUCUCAUGUGUAAGUACUCUGAAUGCAAAUUUUAACGAAAAGCAAAUAUCAAUUUGGGGGUGAAAAGGGACUAGGGAGGGAAGAAGCCCUCUCCUGUCCUCCCCACAGCAGUUUCUUCAUCUUGCCUAGAAGCUAUUUUCAUGCACUAACCCGACAGGUUUCUCUGGAGACAGAAUUAACCCCUGCAAUAUAAGCUUUCACUUAUCCUAUUCUUGUGAAACCCCCAACCUUCCCAAAGUCAAAGUAGUUAAACAUUUUUUUAAUUGUUCAGUUGAUAAAUUAUAAUUAGCUUAGAAAGUAUUUAAUUGAAAAAUGUUUCAUUUUAUACUUCAGUGAUAUGAGAUGAGAAGGCCCUAUGCUAUUUGCUAUUUACUCACCUUGGAAACUCAAUUUUCUUUUAUCCAGAAGUAGCAUGUGCUAUAAACUCUAUUAUGAAAUUACAUGUAAAUAUUUGGAGAUCUAUGCAGCCACAGUGGUUUUAGACACCACAAAUAUAAAAUUACAAUAUUUUAAAGAAAAUUGCUCAAAAUAUUGUAAACUUUAACCAAAGUUACUAGACUAAGGGGGAAUUUAUAUAUAUAAAUAUGUAUAUAUAUUUAAAAUGUGUUCUGUGUCAAAUGCUGCAGUGUUCGACAAUUAGCAGCAGCACACAACUGGAGAAAACAAUUCCUCAGUGUUGACAUACUGUAAUUAUUGAUUUAUUCAAGGUAUGUUAAUUAUGUGUUGUACCAAACUUCUAAAAACUUUUAGAACAGAUAGUCAGUGCACAAGUCUGUUUGCUUUUAGUAAACUCAGCAUUAUAUUUACACACACUUAGGGUACAACUAUACAACAUUGUGAUGUUUUAUUGUGAAAGAAAUAGGUCUCAGAUAAAUAAAUGGGGCUUCAGAUAAUAUUUUUUAUAAAUAUUUUUAAAUUAUUCUCUUGUGCUAUCCACAUGCUUCCCAUUACCUUUAUGGAACGCAUGACUUAUGAGGAGAGGCUGAGGGAACUGGGAUUGUUUAGUCUGUGGAAGGGAAGAAUGAGGGCGGGGGGAUCUGAUAGCUGCUUUCAACUACCUGAAAGGGGGUUCCAAAGAGGAUGGAUCUAGACUGUUCUCAGUGGUGGCAGAUGACAGAACGAGGAGUAAUGGUCUCAAGUUGCAGUGGGGGAGGUUUAGGUUGGAUAUUAGGAAAAACUUUUUCACUAGGAGGGUGGUGAAACACUGGAAUGCGUUACCCAGGCUUGACAAAGCCCUGGUUGGGAUGAUUUAGUUGCGGAUUGGUCCUGCUUUGAGCAGGGGGUUGGACUAGAUGACCUCCUGAGGUCCCUUCCAACCCUGAUAUUCUAUGAUUCUAUGUUACAUGAAACUGUAGUGUCCCAAAUUAGCAAGAAAAAAAAUAUAUACAUUUUCUUAUUCUCCAAGAUUUUGUAUUCUAUUAAGGCAAGUGCAUUCAGUAAAGACUAGGUUCCCAUAAUUUUUUUAAUGAACCCAUUUACUGUUAGAACCCAACUACAGUCUGAUUAUCUUGCAUUACAACUAUCCCAAUUACUUUCAGCCAUAUAGAGUACCUUCUAAGCAUACAGAGGAAGUGGUAGGAGGAGGAUGAGAAGGAUGUUCUGAUGAUUAAAUCACACAUGCAGUGAGGCCAGAUCUAAGUUCAAAAAGUAGAUUUACUGGCACCAAGUAUAUUGAACCACUUGUGAUAAAAAGAUUUAUUUAAUCUUUUACAAAUAUUAAGUGUUCGUGGCCCUUCAUUUACAUCUAAGCUUCAGUCUUGCCCUCCGAUAUGUGAGCAGGCAUCAUUUCAUAUCUUGUUAAAAAUCUGUGCAUGUCUGUGAAAGCACAAUAGCUUUACUAGCUUUAGUCGUGUAAAUUACUGGGUAUUAGCGGGCAGGAUCAAGCCCUUGAAGUGCUAGCUUUCAUAAGAGUCUUUGCAAGUGCAGCCUUAGGUGCAAACAGAUGUGCUCAGGAAUUAGAAUCACUGAUCAUUCCAGCAAUGGUGGGUAAUCAAAUGCUUUUGCUGCGGUAUCCCCACUCAGGAAGUCAGGGCUAAAUUUCUGCUGCUCACAGCCCCUAACACAAGAGUAUGUUCUCUCCUUAUCCAAUAAGAUCCUACUGUUGUCCUUUGGUGGAAAAGUGACUUGAAAUCCUUCACUCCAGCGUGGAGAGGGAAGUAGUGGGUGGGGCAAUGGCUGUCAUGCUAUCCCCAGGAGUAUGUGGCUGUGUUGCAUUUGCAAUUCUGAAUAUGAGUCCUUAUUAGCAGUCAUUUUUAACAUAGUUUACAGUCAUGAUUAAGGAAUGCUAGCAGGCUUCCAGCCUACCUUGUCAACAGGGCUAUGUCUAAAACCAUUCCCCUUGUUUGCCAUGCCCCAAAACCCAAACAGAACAAUGUUUGCCCCCAGCCAUUAGUAACCAUCCAGUCCUCUAGAAUUUCAUCACUCUCCCCUCCCUCAGACUUCCAGGAACCAGCUUUCAGCCAAUGCACCCACACCCCUUUUGAACCAGUACUUUAGGCUCAGCCUUGCCUAGAGAUGGUAAAGCAGUAAGGCACACACACAAUCUAAUGCCAUGUAAGCUGUGGAGACAAGAUAAGAUUUAGCAGCCUCUGAAUCACCCAUUUUACACAAAGCUAAUCUCCCAACUGCCUCAGAACAUAAUUGCAACUCCCUAGCAGCAUUUAGCCUUCAGAAGUCAACACCCACCAUUCAGCGAACGACUGUUGGAUGUUCACACAUUAGACCCCAGCAGUGAAUAUUACAUUCAAUGUAGUGUGCGGUCAUGUAAUCUAGAUGAUGCCAAAUGCUGGCAAUGAAAAUUUAACCAGGUUUCCCUAAUAAUAAGCAGUAAGUAGCGAGCUAUGCCAGUGUCCUUUGCAAGAACUCAUUAGAGGGAGCAAUUCCAAGUGAUUUAAAAAUUGUUUUCCAUUCAAUUGUUUGUGACUCCAUCACCACAAUAAUUUUAUUUCGUUUGCCAAACACUUAUUUCUUGUGUUUCUUGUUUAGCACAAGCCAAGGUGGCUUGGUUUAACUUGUGUUCCAGUAGCAGGACGAAUGACCACGACCUACGUUCCAUCUUUUGGUUGCUGUGUCUACGUUCAGAUGCACUGCAUGCAGUCACAGCUCCUAUCAAGUUUAGUUGGAAUUCUUAGAGCUUAGCACUUUUACACACACAAUUAAUGUGUGUGUAGACAGCUGAAGAAUUGCUUGCCAUCCUCUAGAGCAUUCUCCAAAGCCCACUCACCCUCUGCUCCAUUCUCCACCCAAUUUGCUCAUCCUGUGGGCCCCCCCACCUUCAGUCUCAGUGACAUUUGAAUCCAACAUCUGGAACCAGUUUAAAUCAUAGUACUUGAGUGGACCAGAAUAAGGAAGAACGAGCUCUCCCAUUUCUAGUAAUUUCUCUGCAAUGGUGGAUUUUUUCCCCACUUAUUUUUUAACUUUGAAGAACUGCCUGAUAAGGCAUUGGGCGAGUCAAGUCUUGUUCCUGUACUACUUAAUAGUGCUCAAUCAACAGGAGGUUAAUACUGUUAUCAGACGUAAGGCUACCCGGGCCCAUAAGCAUUGGGGGAUUAAGCUAAAUUUCAAUGACAAACUAAUUU